GAAGCUGCAGCUCUGUCAAACACCGGGAGCUUCGGAUUCUCUCUCCACCUGAAGGAAACUGUGGAUUAUCAUCGGGUUGUCGUAGCAGCAGAGAAAACACACCUGUAACUUUAUGAAGAAAACAAAACAAACAUGUGUUUUCAGCCUUGUUCCGUGUUCCUGAGGGAAUAAACCCGGAGAGGACGCGUCCAGCUGCGUCUUUACGCACCAGAAUCCAGACGGACUGACUGGAGACUUUUGAGUUCAUGGACUUUUAUUUCCCUCUCUAAAGAUUUUAAUUGUGAUAUCCUAGUCUCUCACACUUUCCUGGACUCAUUUUGUCUCAUUUUCACCUUGUUUGAGUCUCACGAUGCUACUUUUUCUUGCGUGGAGGAGCCGCCGGGGACAGACAGUCCCGGGGACAAUGUCCUAGGGUUGUUAAAGUGAUUGGAUCGUGACCGGCGGAGAUGAACUUUCUCCACAAUGAUUGCUGCAGCUCUGGUGAAUGACUGACAGCUCGCUGGUGGAGCUGCAGGGACUCAGCGGAUUCACCGUCAGACUCGGAACUCGUUCAAAUCACAGAGACGCAUGAGGGCGAGGAUUUCUUUCAGGCUUCAGACAUGAAAUCAUGAGUUAAAUCCAACUUUUCCUUCACUUUUAUUACUCUUUUAUCCUCUCAAUUAGUUUAGAUUUCUAGUUUAAUAGAAUGAGGUUUUUCCCCAUGGCACUCAUGGUGAGGGACCCACCACGCAGCCCGGUGCCCCUCGUGUUUUCUCUCCUGCUCUUCCUCCUUGGUUUCGGUCUCACCUCCGCCGCCUCCAAGGACCUGGUCUGCGAGCCCAUCACGGUGCCCAUGUGCAAGGGCAUCGUCUACAACCUGACCUACAUGCCCAACCAGUUCAACCACGACACCCAGGAGGAGGUGGGCCUGGAGGUGCACCAGUUCUGGCCCCUGGUGCGCAUCCACUGCUCCCCGGACCUGCUCUUCUUCCUGUGCAGCAUGUACACCCCCAUCUGCCUGCCGGACUACCGCAAGCCGCUGCCCCCCUGCCGCUCGGUGUGCGAGCGGGCCAAGCGCGGCUGCUCCCCCCUCAUGAGCCAGUACGGCUUCGAGUGGCCGGAGAGGAUGAGCUGCGAGAGACUCCCUCAGCUGGGGGACGAGACCCUGUGCAUGGACCAGAACAGCAGCGAGACCACCACCCUGGCACCCCCGUUCCCCAAGCCCACCCCUAAAGGCCGGACCAGACCCCCGAGCCCCCCUAAGUGUGACAGGGAGUGCCGCUGCAGAGACCCCCUGGUCCCCAUCAAGAGGGAGUCCCACGCCCUGUACGGCCGGGUGCAGACCGGGCCCCUGGCCAACUGUGCCCAGCCCUGCCACCAGCACUACUUCUCGGCGGAUGAACGGGCCUUCACCAGCUUCUGGGUGGGCCUCUGGUCGGUGCUGUGCUUCGUCUCCACCUUGACCACUGUGGCCACCUUCCUCAUUGACAUGGAGCGCUUCAAGUACCCAGAGAGGCCCAUCAUCUUCCUGGCUGCCUGCUACCUCUUCGUCUCCUUGGGUUACAUCAUCCGCCUGGUGGCAGGUCAUGAGCGGGUGGCCUGUGGUUCCACUGGUGCUGCUGGUGGUGGUGGAGACCAGCUGCACAUCCUCUACGACACCACAGGCCCGGCUCUCUGCACCCUGGUCUUCUUGUUGGUGUACUUCUUCGGCAUGGCCAGUUCCAUCUGGUGGGUGGUGUUGUCCUUCACCUGGUUCCUGGCUGCAGGGAUGAAGUGGGGCAGCGAGGCCAUUGCUGGAUACUCUCAGUACUUCCACCUCGCCGCUUGGCUCAUCCCCAGCGUCAAGACCAUCGUGGUCCUGGCCCUCAGCUCUGUGGAUGGGGACCCUGUGGCUGGGAUCUGCUACGUGGGGAACCAGAGUCUGGAGAACCUCAGGGGAUUCGUACUUGCUCCUCUGGUGGUUUACCUCUUCACUGGUUCUCUGUUCCUGCUCGCAGGUUUUGUUUCUCUCUUCCGCAUCAGAAGCAUCAUCAAGCAAGGUGGCACCAAGACGGACAAACUGGAGCGGCUGAUGAUCCGCAUUGGGCUCUUCACGGUGCUCUACACCGUCCCUGCCACCAUCGUGGUGGCCUGCCUGGUCUACGAGCAGCACUACAGGCCCGGCUGGGAGCGAGCCUUGGCCUGCUCCUGCCCGACUGAGCGCCAGCGCUCGGGCCUUGGGCCGGACUACGCCGUCUUCAUGCUCAAGUACUUCAUGUGCUUGGUGGUGGGCAUCACCUCAGGAGUGUGGAUUUGGUCAGGCAAAACCCUGGAGUCCUGGAGGAGGUUUGUGGCUCGAUGCUGCCCCUGCUGGCUGCAGAAGGCCACGGCUCCCCCCUCCAUGUACAGUGAGGCCAGUACUGCUUUAACUGGACACACUGGAACUGGGCUGACAUCAGGGAUGUAUCACAAAGCUGCUCCCUCUCAUAUAUGAACUGAAUGGACUUAUUAUUAUUAAUAUUAUUAUGUUCAUAUACACACUGAACAGUUUCCUGUGUGGACACUUAGAAACACACAUUUCAAACACUCCAGAACGAGAUGUGGACAAACAUCUGCAGGACUGUGACUCUGAUUAUCAGCUCAAAUUAAAAAACGAAAAAAAUAAACAAGUUACCUACAAGUUAAAAAUGUAACUUGAAAAAAAUAUAUAAAAAUAUAAGGUUUUGAAAAAACUGAAUCAAACAAUUGAUCUGCUUUAAAGAGCUGGAAAACAUCAUUAAUUUUUCAGUCAGAGACACAAGGAUCCUCAAUAGGAUCAAACGCUCUUCUUCCUGUUUGUUUAUCCUGAGCACUGAGAGAGUAAAACAUAUUUAUUUGUAAAUAUUGUAUACAUUUGAUGUAAAAAAAGAAAAAAUUAGUUGUAUAGUGUGAUGAUUAGUUAGUUAACAACCAAUGUCACUGCCACAGUCAAGAGUGAGACACCAGGGAAACGAAUUUCCUCUGAUUUGAAGUGUGUAUAAAUUUGUACAUAUCAGUGUUUGAGUUUGACGUUGAGUGUUUUUGUACCAUUACAAAAUGAAAACAUUUUUCUCAGACUUUAGAGUCACUUGACUAAUUCAGUCGUUUUAAUGGACGACUCCAGUUCCUGAAGAGUGAAUUAGUUUUGUCAAUUACAUGUAAACGAACAGGGUGAAACUGUCCUUGGCCUUUAGCCCCGCCUGCUGGUUAACAGAGGAACUGAUCAAACCAGGGACUCAAACAUGGACACCACUAGAAAUACAUGACCAGGGAUCCUCAAGUAUGAAAUAUAAAUAUAGGGAGGCAACAAAAUCUACCAUUUGAUAAACUUUCUUAGACAUAAUCAACAUUUUUUAAAUAAUCUCUGUUUUAACUCUUCUGCUGUGGAUUGUCUGAUGCCCUCAGCGUCCUCCUCCAGGUCCCUGGACUUCAUCUUGAGAACCGUUGCUAUAUUUUUCUAAUGAUUUCAUGUCACAGACUCUGAACAGACGAAACAUUCACACUCUGUAAGAUUUUUGACACAAUAACGCAACGAAAAGAUAACUUAACCACAGACGUGUUCGAUAAUCGACAAUUUAAAACAUUUAUUUCUCUAUAAGUUUCAGUUAGAUUUUGCAUUAGAUUCAAAACAUUGUAAAAGAAUUUUAAUGUUUUUUGUUCUGAAAAAGCAAUUUGAAAACAUCAAUUUGGGAUGUGGAAAAGUAUGACAGGCAUUGUCAUCGUUUUCUAAAACAUUAUAGACCAAAGAAAUUAAGCUAAUUAAUUAGGUAAUAAUAAAUAUACCCAUCUUCUCUGUUACAUAUAAUACAUGUCAUUAUAUUAUGUAAUACUGAUGAGACCUAAACAAUAUUUCCACCUUAUAUAGAUAUUUCUAAUCAGGAUAAUUAUACUUAAAACCAGUUUAAAUUAUUCUGUAUUUGGUUGGAAACUGUGCUGAAAUACGUUGUCUGGUAAUUCCCAAAACAAAAAUGAUAAUCACUUAGAGUUUAUGGAAGAAAAAUCUAACUACAAUAUCCUAAAAUAUGAGUUCACCCUGAAUGUCCUUAUUUUCUCACGAAUCAGAGCAUAAAAAAGCACUUACAUUGACAAAUAAUCAUCAGUCAUCAGAGGAUGGUUUCUAAUUUAUCUCAACUGGCAGUAUUAAAAUAUAAAACGUUAAUUUUAAUUUAUGGAGACUUUUAUAAGCCAGCAAAGCUCUUAUCAGUUUCGAACAAAGCUGUAUGCUGUCGUAUAAUGUGAAGGAGCCUCACGUCUUGUCAGAGGUCAGAGGUCACGUUUUGUGAGUGAACUGAAACAAAUCAACCUGCAACUGGAAGAAACUACAGAAAGUGAAGCUGUCCCACAGAGAUCAGUAUAAACAGUCACAACAUUACAAACAGAAUUUAUUGAUAAAACAACUAAAAAAUAACUAAUUAAACUUAGGUGUUUUUAAAGUUUAUUGAAUCAUCAGUUUGUUUCCUGCCUCCUUCCUCCUGCGGUGAUGUGUUGUGACGUCAGUGCUGUUGGCCAGUUGUGUUAACUACUGUGUCCACGUGUUAGGAAAUAUGUCUAAUUUAUUAGUCUGAUUUGAGUGAAUGCGAUUGGGUGAGUGAUGAUGUUUGAUGACAAAUGUCGGUAAAAACUGACAUUUAGGUUUGUUUGUUGAAGUGUAAAUCUGUUUUUCACACCGAGAUAAACUCAAAAAGAUUUUAAAAUGUUGUAGGUUUUGAUUCAUAUUGUGGAAUUAAAGUGAGUUGAUCUCUAGUUUAUGUCUCAUAAACGUGUGUGUCUUUAUGUGCCAAA